AUGUACGAUGGCGCAUCCGGCAACGCUGUCGACCCGCCAACCAACCAACUUCGCUCCUCUCGUCUCGUCUCUCGCUCGCUGAAUCAACAUCCUGGUGCAGCAUCAGCCAGCAGCAGCGAGACCAGGGCCCACGGAGCACGACGGAGACGCCAAGUUGGCAAGCCGGGCCGUCGAUUGGCUGCAACCGGGGGGAGGCAGGAGGAUUGCUGCGAUGCUGGAGAUGCUGAGAUCUGCCUUCUCGCGCUCUCCUUUUUAGCCUUCGCUUCGUCCCUUCUGGCGCCAAAGAAGGAAGAAGAAGCAGCAGCUGGAAAAAGCAAAGAAAGGGGAUGGUCGAGCAUCCCGUCUCGUCUCAGGCGGUCCCUUUUGAUAUCGUCGUCCAAUUAUCACCAGCCAUCACUAUCACCGCCGUAUCAAUAUCACCGCCAGCGUCAGUCACCAGCAUCAGCAUCGACACCGAUAUCAACAUCGGCAUCGACAUCUCGUCUGGCUGUCUAG